UUGUAGGGUGAGUGUGUGCGUGUGUAUGUCCACGGCUGAAGGCUGUCUCUGCUGAGUGGACGGUGACGCCGCUGCUUGUCGGUCUCGGCUGGAGGGGAACUUGACGGCGGCCCCGGGUGUGGCUUCAAAAUCUGACAAAUCUCUGAGAAAGAAUGCCCGGAAGGACAUUUGGACACAUUUUGUGAAAGAUCGUUAAGUAGGUGUGGAGUCGCUUCGACUAACCACAUUCUCUCUUUUUGGAAAGCCGGAAUACUUUUUCUUGUCUUUUCUUUUUUCCCACCCAGCGACGUUUCCGUCACUUUAUCAUGCGUUGAAGGAAUUUGUGCAGCAUAAACCACCAGGAAGUUGUUGGACUUGCCAAGAGGCACUCAUGCCGCUGGUGUGACCGAGCAAGUUGCUUGUUUUCUCGGCACGAAUCAAGUUUUUGGAAGAGUUCACUCGGGACUCACCCUCCCAAAAAACGGGAAGUCGCUUUCCUUAACCUUUACAUUUUUUUUGUUUUCCCAAGGGCUUCGAACCUUGUAUUUUUUCCUCCCAGGUGAUUUUUAGCACUAAAGCAGCAGUCCUGAAGCGAGCACUGGGAAACAUGGGCUGCACCGUGAGCCAGGAGGAUAAAGCCGCGGCCGAGCGGUCCAAAAUGAUUGACAAGAACCUGCGAGAAGAUGGCGAGAAGGCGGCCAGAGAAGUGAAACUGCUGCUGCUCGGUGCUGGGGAGUCUGGCAAGAGCACCAUUGUGAAGCAGAUGAAGAUCAUCCACGAGGACGGCUACUCGGAAGACGAGUGCAAGCAGUACAGAGCGGUGGUGUACAGCAACACCAUCCAGUCCAUCAUGGCCAUCAUCAAAGCCAUGGCCAACCUCAAGAUUGACUACGAGGAGGCCGGCAGGGCGGAUGACGCCCGCCAACUGUUUGCGCUGUCCGCGCCGGCCGAGGAGCAGGGCGUCCUGCCGGAGGACCUGUCCAACGUCAUCCAGCGACUGUGGGCCGACGGCGGCGUCCAGAGCUGCUUCGCAAGGGCCCGAGAGUAUCAGCUCAAUGACUCGGCUGCCUACUACUUGAACGACUUGGAGAGGAUAGCCAAGCCCGAUUACAUCCCCACGCAGCAGGACGUGCUGCGAACCCGGGUCAAGACCACGGGCAUCGUGGAAACCCACUUCACCUUCAAAGACCUGCACUUCAAGAUGUUUGAUGUGGGAGGCCAGCGCUCCGAGAGGAAGAAGUGGAUCCACUGCUUCGAGGGCGUGACAGCCAUCAUCUUCUGCGUGGCCAUGAGCGCCUACGACCUGGUCCUGGCCGAAGACGAGGAGAUGAACCGGAUGCACGAGAGCAUGAAGCUGUUUGACUCCAUCUGCAACAACAAGUGGUUCACGGAGACGUCCAUCAUCCUGUUCCUCAACAAGAAGGACCUGUUUCAGGAGAAGAUCAGCCACAGCCCGCUCACCAUCUGCUUCCCCGAGUACACUGGCCCCAACAAGUACGAGGAGGCCCAGGCGUACAUCCAGACCAAAUUCGAGGACCUGAACAAGAAGAAGGACACCAAGGAGAUCUACACCCACUUCACGUGCGCCACCGACACCAAGAACGUGCAGUUUGUGUUUGACGCCGUCACCGACGUCAUCAUCAAGAACAACCUGAAGGACUGCGGCCUCUUCUAGGGAGGGAGCGCCGUGGGGCGCAUAGGGAACGACUGCGCUGGCCAACCACCAUCGUCUGUUUCCAUACGCUUUUUCUAAACAACAACAACAAAAAAGACUGCCGACCCGUCAAGCCUUGCAGACCACCUCCUCUCACCACAAAAAUCAGCAUUUAUUGUCUUUUUCUUCGUAUUUCCCCCCCUCCCCCCCACGUAUGCAGAGGAGGAGACAAGAGGCAAAGGCUUUGGUUUGACUUUGACAAACCGUUCGACUUUUUAGCUUAUUUUGAAGAGAUGCCGCAUAUACGCUUUUAUUGUCUUAACGGUGUUUACACAGGUUGCUCAUUCACUGCAUCGUCGUGCAUGACUCGACUAUUAACGCUUACUCGUAAUCUGCACCAAUCAGCUAACAUUCCUGUCCGAGACGAGACACGCCCGUCGUCUCGCUCAUCUUUCAACUUGUGCAUCUAACCUUGCGUCACCUUUUAUACCCUUCAUUCUGGGUGCGUGCGUGCGUCUUUACUUCUGUUUACGUCUCCUUUUAUUCUUUUUCUUUUUCUCUCCUUUUCCUGCCUUGCAUCUGUAGUGAUAAUUAAUGACAGACAAAAAUCUAAUUCUCCAAAAUGUUACUGUUUUUUUUUCCUGUCUUUUAUUUUGGUAAAUAUUAAAAGUGCUUUAAAGUCAUUGAUUUAAUUUAAAUAAAAGUAGCCAUCACUUGA